CUGCUGCCACCUCACAGCAAACUGGAAAGUGGUGGGAUCAGGUGCCCAGCCCUGUAAGGUGGAGGUGGGCAGUGGGGAUGGAGACCCCACAUCUUCUUAGGCUCCCACCUUCUCUGGAGGCUGUCCCAUGACAUUCAGUGUCAUGGAGUCUGGGAAGGCAACCUGGAGCCAUGGGGCAUCAGGGUAGCUGCAGUUGUUUUUCUACCCUUCGCAAAAUUAAUAACUCUGAAUUGACCGUGCUGGAUGACAUUUAGAAAGAGUGAAGUCUGGAAGAUUUCAGAGAGCCCUUGAGAAAUCUCCUUGUAUUGCAGAUACCCAGGAAUUAGGUGCCUGCUAUCAUCCUCCCAAUCUUAACCCAACCCAGAGGAACCAUGUGGCCCAUUUUCUGGACGACUGUGCGGGCUUAUGCCCCCUAUGUCACCUUCCCUGUGGCCUUUGUGGUGGGGGCGGUGGGCUACCACCUGGAGUGGUUCAUCCGUGGCCAGCCGCCCCCGCAGCCACCCGAGGAGGAGAAGAGCAUCUCGGAGAGGCGGGAGGACCGCAAGCUUCAAGAGAUUGCCGGGAAGGACCUCACCCAGGUGGUCAGCCUCAAGGAUAAGCUGGAAUUCACCCCCAAAGCUGUGCUGAACCGCAAUCGGCCCGAGAAGAACUAGCGUAGCUGCCCAGGGUCCUUCCUGGCCACCCAGAGUUCCUUCCUGUCUGGCAGGCUGAUGCUGAUUGGUUACAUUUGGUUUGGAAUGUUGGCUUUCUGACUCGUGCCGUUUCGACCCAGCCCGGGCCCAGCCAAUGGCUGCCUGCCGUCCUCGCCCUCCUUCUCCUAGUUGGGCUAUGAUUGGGCGACUGCUAGUGCUGCUGAGACCCAGAGGAGGCUGGUGACUAUCUAUCUGGCCACUGUCCGAAGAAGGGCUGAUCUUCCCUUUGGGCUGCCUGUGCUGUGAUUAAGCUGCCGCCAGAGCCUUAGAAAAGGAGUCGGUCAUCAUAUCCAAGCAAGCGCCAGCUCUCUCCCUCUGCAAGUCCAUACAUUUCCUUGGCAUAGGGAGGAUUCGGUACCCCAAGAGCCCCCAGAAGCAUGGCAGCCCUCCAGUGGAGAGGAGAGCUUGUCCAGAAAGCCUUAGAGGCCCCUCUCUUGACUUGGGACAAGUGACUGGUCCUGCUCCAAGGGGAAACUAGAACUGUCCGAGCAGGAGGUAGCGAAACACCUCCGCCUUGCUGCUAUUCCAGAAAUUGACCAGCCUUUUCUCUGUCUGUUUGCGAAACUGACCGGUUCUUUCUCCAGGAGUUUCUCUCUAUAGACCAGGGGCUGGCUGCUGUCUUACUCAGGGCAGGGAUCUGCUGACGAAAUAAACCUUUAAAACAC